AUGGCUGCUUCUCAUCUUCCAUCACCGGUACUUGUCGGUGCUUUUGUGCUUCUAAUAAACUGUCUCUGGUUAUUUCCUGAAGUCACCAUUGCAAAGCAUGCAGGGAUUACAAGGCACUACAAGUUCAAUGUAAGGUUGCAGAAUGUGACCAGAUUGUGCCAAACAAAAACCAUAUUGACUGUCAAUGGGAAGUUCCCGGGACCUCGCAUCAUUGCCCGAGAGGGUGAUCGUGUGUUGGUCAAGGUGGUUAAUCAUGUCUCCAACAAUGUCAGCUUCCAUUGGCAUGGUAUUAGACAGCUUCAAAGCGGAUGGGCCGAUGGACCAGCUUACAUAACUCAGUGCCCCAUUCAAACAGGCCAGACUUAUGUGUACAACUUCACCAUUGUUGGCCAAAGAGGAACUCUCUUCUGGCAUGCACACAUCACAUGGCUCAGAGCAACCCUCUAUGGACCAAUUUUCAUAUUACCCAAGCAUAAUGUUCCUUACCCUUUUGCUAAACCAUACAAGGAAGUCCCUAUCAUCUUCGGAGAAUGGUGGAACGCUAAUACAGAGGCAGUUAUUAACCAGGCGCUUCAAACUGGCGCUGGUCCGAAUGUCUCUGAUGCAUACACCAUUAAUGGACAACCUGGACCAUUGUACAACUGUUCUGCAAAUGAAACAUUCAAGCUAAAAGUGAAGCCCGGAAAGACUUAUCUCCUUCGUUUGAUCAAUGCUGCACUCAAUGACGAGCUCUUUUUCACUGUAGCUAAUCACACACUCACCAUUGUUGAAGCUGAUGCAGUUUAUACCAAGCCAUUUCAAACCGAUAUUCUCCUCAUAGCUCCAGGGCAGACUACCAAUGUUCUUCUCAAGACCAAAGCUCACCCCACCAAUGCGACCUUUUUAAUGGCUGCGAGACCAUAUUUUACAGGUCAGGGCACAUUCGAUAAUUCCACCGUCGCCGGGAUCCUCGAAUACGAAAUCCCAUCUGUUGCAUCCUCAUCAAACACUUCAAUCAAAAAUCUUACACUCCCAACCUCCCCCCAUUCAAUGGCACUUCUUUCGCCGCAAAUUUCAGCAGCAAAUUUCGAAGUUUGGCCAAUGCUCAAUACCCUGCCAAUGUGCCACAAACAGUCCAAAAACAUUUUUUCUUCACUGUAG